AUGUCAAAGAAACAAGAGAAAUUAAAAAAAGAAUUAUUGGUAUAAGUAAGCAGAGAUGUUUAAAAUCCUUAAGAUUCUUAAAAAGAAGCAUUUAAAUUAGUUUAGAAUGCAAAUGAAAAAUUUUAAUAAUUUGAAUUUGAUCUUAAAAACCAUUAGAUGAUGAAAUGUUAAAAUAAAGAGGUUCAUCCAAAAAAAAUGUCUAGUUUGCAAAAGCAUUCAAUUCAUUUGAUAUUUUAUAAAUAUAUUUCAUAAAAAUAAUUUAUAUUAUAUAUUUAUCAUAAAUUAUAUAUAUAUUUAUUAUACUCUAAAGUCCAAAGCAGAAAUAGAUAGAUAAAAAUCAAUAGAAAAUACAAAGACGAAAAACUAAUCUUAUAACCAUAGAUUAAGUAAAAUGAAAUUAAAGCAUAGUUACCUAAAAUUUAGAAUUAGCCUCAAAUAAGGAAAGCAAAUUAUAAAACCUAUAUAAAAUAUUAAUCUUAAAUAAGAGAAAUCAAUAGUAGUAAUUCGAGAUAAAAGCAAUUACUAAAGGAAAAUUAAGAUUUAAUAAGAAUAACUAAUCAGAGAUACCUAAAAAACAAUAACCAAUCACACAUAAUCAACAGUAGAUGAUUUAUGGAAACUAAAAUAAAAAAUAAUUAUUAUCUAAAAAGUGAAUCUUCAAGUGGGUUCGAUGAAAUUAAAAGAGAAAAGGAUAAUUAUGGUCAUUCUUGUAGAAAAAAUUCAAAGGAAGAGAAAUUGCUAAUAAAUAUAAAGAAAUUUUAUUAAAAAAUUAAGAAUCUGCUUAAUAAUUAUAAUUAUAAUUGAAUGAAUAGAAUAGAAUAUUGAAAAAACAAAAUUAAUUACAGAAAAUAUUAAACUUUCAAACAUAAAUGAUAUGCUUUAAUAAGAAAUUAGAAACUAGAAUCAAUAGAUAGGUCAAUCCAAAAUGUAAAUUGAAUAAUUGGAUAAAUAAUUAUAUGAUUUAAAAUAAGCAUCUAGAUCUAAAUUAUUAAUUAUUAAAGAUUAAUUAUAAGAGUCUAAAUUUCAAUUUGCAGAAUUAGAAAACAGAAUAAUUAUUUGAACAAAGCUAUAGAUACAUUUGAGUAGAAUCUAAAAUAGUUUGAAUCAGAAGUUGGGAGAUAAUAGAAAAUCAAUUUUUAAUAAACAUAGAUAGCAGCUUAAGAUAAAUUGUCUAUAUUAGAGAAAGAAGGUACAAUUGAAAGAUUACAGAAAUUCAAUCAUUAAUUGAGUAUUGAUCUAAAUUAAAUAAAUACAUUGUAGAAGGAAGUGAAUGAGAAAUUUAAAAGUUUAUUGGCAGCAUAUAAUAUUUUAGAGAAUUAGAAAAUUUCAAUAGAGAAUGAUUUAGAAUUUAGAAAAAAGGAUUAAUAAGAACAUUUGAGUUGUUUAAAAGAAAAGAUUUAGAAACUUACAAAUUUGAAAGGUAUAUAUGAUGAGGAAUUGAAAAAAUGUAAAAAUUAGUUUAAGCUACAAAGGCUGAGAGAUUAAUUUUAAUUAUAAUAUGAAUAAAUGAAGGUUUUGUGUUUUGAAUCUGAAGUAUUGAGAAAGAGACUUAAACUAAGAGAAGUAGAAAAUGAUUAAUUACAAUUUGAUAAUGAUAAAUUUAAAUGGAGUGUGAGAAAAGAUCCAAAUGGUAUAUUGUCAGAUUUAAAAAUAAUGAAGUUAUAACCAGAAAAUCCUAAUGCUUAAGUAUAGGAAGAAAAUGAUAGGUAUAUAUGAAUUUUUUUAUAUAUAGAUUAACUGCAGAAAAUAAAUAGUUAAUGAAAUAGAUUUAAUAAAUUGAAUUAUAUGUUCAAGAAGUAAAAUCAAUGUUUGAUAGGGAGAGAUCAUUUUUGGAAGAGAAAGUGUUUCAUAAAGAGAAUGAAAUUAAUGAAAUUAUUAUAAAAAAUCAUCAUGAAAUGGCUGAAAUUGAAAAUAAAUAUCAAGAUAUUCAAAGGAGAUAGGACACAAUGAAAACAAAACAAGAUAAACCCGUCAACCCUAUCAACAAUAAUCAUAUUGUCAAUAUAAUCAAUCUAAUAUGGUUCAACAAUCAGGCUCUAAGGUCUCUCUUUAUAAUGUACCUUAACUAUAAGCGAAAAUUAAAUCCUAUAUUUGAUUUACUUAAAUAUUAUUAAAUGAUUUAUAUUUAUAUAUUUGCUGCCCUCCUUGUUGUAGCCUUAAUCAAAUUUAUAUGGAAAAGUCUUAUAAAUCCCAAAGGUCCAACUGCUUUAGAGCCCAAACAUAAGCGGGAAUAUUUAACUUGUUAAUUGAUAGAGAAAACCAAAUUGAGUCAUGACACAUAUAAUUUUAAAUUUGCUCUUCCAUCUAAAAGACACGUAUUGGGAAUCGAAGUAGGAUAGCAUAUUAUCUUACAGUAAUUUAAAUUUUAACUAUUUAGUGAGCAAAUAAAAACUAGGGAAUAUCCUGAAGGAGAGUUAGUGGAGAGGAAAUACACUCCCACUAGUCCAGUUGAUUAGAAGGGCAAUUUUGAUUUAUUAAUCAAAAUCUAUAGAGCUAAUGAGCAUCCUAAAUUUCCUGAUGGAGGUAAAUUAACUUCUUGGAUUGAAAAUAUGAUUGUAAAAUUAAUUUAUAUUAUAAGCCAGGGGAAUCUAUUCAUAUUACUGGUCCUGGAGGUAGAUUAAUAUAUUUAGGAUAUGGAAAUGUUUAGAUCAAUAAAAUGCCAUAAUUAUAUAGAAAAAAAUAUAAAAAAAUAGUGAUGAUUGCUGGUGGAUCAGGAAUCACACCAAUGUAUUAAAUUAUACAAGCUGUAGCCACAAAUAAUAAUGAUAGAACUCAAUUAGCAUUACUUUUUGCUAAUAAAUCUGAAGUAAUAAUUAUUAUUCUAUCAUAUUAGUAAGACAUUUUAUUAUACAAUGAGUUGAAAGCAUUUGCUGCAUUAAAGAAACUAACUCUACAUUUGACUUUAGACAAUGUAAAUAAUUAUUAAAUUAUGAUUAGCCUCCUGCUUAAUGGGUUGGUUUUUCUGGAUUUGUCACUAAAGAUAUGACUGAAUAAGCAUUUGGUAAAUUAGAUAAUCAAACUUUGGCUUUGACUUGUGGUCCUCCUAUGAUGAAUUCAUUAGCUAGAACAAAUUUCUAAUAAUUGGGAAUGAAUAGUGAUGAUAUUUUUGAGUUCUGAG